UCAUUAAAAAUGGAAUUGAAAAUACAAUUAAUUAAAAACCACAUAAACAUGCUGUUAUACCUGGUCAUAACCUUGAGCCUGGUGGCAAUAACACACAGCCAAAUGUCCAAAUAUCCCUGUGCCUUCAUCGACACCGUCAACAUAACCGGCAGUUAUCCCCAUGAAGUGGCCUCAGAACAAAAUGCUACCACGUCGAAUAAUGCUGCCACCCCCGUAAACAUUUCCUACAUCUAUCAAUGGAUGAUUGUGCCGCCAGAAUUGAUAGCUGUCUAUGACUUUGUCAUAGAGAAUGGUGUACGCAUACCCACCGAACGACAUUUACGGGCCUGUGUUUGUAAACUAAAACCCUGCGUACGCUUCUGCUGUCAACAGGGUUUCUAUUAUGAUUUGGACACUAAGAAUUGUCUGGCCACCAAUUCCACGGAUCCACAUUUAACUCAAAAUUCCAUUACGGUGCAAUUUAGAAAUGAUACCAUAGCCUCAGUGGCCACCUCUACACAUUUUCUGGUCCACCAUGGUACCCCCUGUCAGAAUAUGCGUGUUAUGCUAAAGGAUAAGAAGCCAGUUAAUUGGACUUUAUAUGAGAACGGCACCAUUGCCCACAAGAACUCUUUGUUCACCAAACACUACUGCUAUUCGUCUUUGCCGGAACGUGAUAAAUUGGCGACGAAUGUGACUGGGGUGACUUGGCAUUGGCAGCCAUUGGCUUGUGUUCCGGAGAAACUGCCCUUCGUUUUGGGAGUACGUGAAUGGACGUAUGCUAUAUGUCUUAUUAUUACCGUAAUUUGCAUGAUCAUCAUUCUAUUUAUAUAUUUAUUGUGCACGGAAAUGAGGAACACAUUUUAUGGGGUGGCCAUAAAGUCGUAUGCAUUGUGCAUCAUCAUUGGUUAUUCACUGCUGGCACAUUUAACACUUACAAACCCAGCGGAUAUGUCAAAGUAUUCAUGUUCCAAGAUACCAAGUUUUGCCCUACUCUACCUUAUUUUAUCAUUCUACAUUCUGAGCUUCAUAAGCUUCAAUUUCUACUUGAGCUUUUUUGGCAUCAUCUUAAGCAAACUGAUGUUUUGGUUUAUAUUCUUUCCAAUUGUCUUGGUGGCAGCCUGUUGGUCUUUCUUCGUCAGUUUUGAUUACUACAACAAUAAGCCGGUGUUUGGAAAUGAUACAUGUUGGUUUGAUCCCCGCAACUUUUCCAUAGUUGUGUAUUUGUAUGCUCCCAUUAUUUUGGCCUGCAUAUUCAAUGGCAUUUUCUAUAUUUUAUCGCUGCUGAGAAUGAGUGAAGGUUUGGGGGAUGGUGAGACGUGUAUAAAUAAAUUAAUUGCCACAGUUUCCAGGAAUCGAUUUAAAUCAUUUUGGAAAUUCUAUGGCUAUACCUUGAUCUCGUGGCUGGUGUGCAUGAUUUCAUUUGCCAUUAAUUACUAUCGCGGCGAGAAGACUCACAUUAACUAUAUGGUUUGUUUGUUUGUGGCCUUCCAUGGUUUUGGCUCCCUGUACGCUCUGAUUGGUAAAAAUAGUCAAAUACAAAACUUUCUUCGUCGUAUUGAGGAGGAAGCUGAUAAUGAUGAUGUUGCCGAAAUUUCAGUGCCAAUGACACCAUUUUAGUUUCUUUAGAUUUAAGGUAAAAUUUGUAUGUGUAUCAUUUAGCAUCUUAGAUAAUAAGAAUUUUGUAGUUUUUAAGAAUUAUUUAUAAAUUAUGUAUUAUUUGAAAUAAUGUAUUAACGGUCCACAUGUGUUUUUUUAUUUUUAGAACUUUAAUUGAAAUAUGAUUUUUUUGUAAUUUACUUUUCUCAAAAAUAAAAUUGUUUUGUAUUUUUUAAGAUCUAAAGAAAAUUUUGAUGGGCAAUUUUUCACAUUAAAUAAAAUUAUCUAAAAGAAAGUGUGUGAAA